AUGUUGGAUAUUCCAAAGGCGCUUGAUGUGCUUACCUCCAUGAUUGAGCCUUUUCUUAUUGAAUGCGAAACAUCUGAAAUCGGUUUCAAAGCUAUGGGUAUUGCUGUUAUAGUGAUCAAUACAACCGUACAAGCGGGCAUUAACCACGGUUCCACAGGCUUGCUGCUCAAUAACAUGAAUUCAGCUGUAUUCUUCAUCAGUCUAGGCACCACGUCGAUGGCCACACUUCUAAUUGGAUACAGAAUAUACCCUGUAGUCAAUAAUACAAGUCGAUCGAGGACAAGAUACAAGCAGAUCAUCACUAUAAUUGUUGAAUCAUCCGCGCUAUAUUCACUCUGCUUGCUAUUUGAGGCUCUGUCCACUGAAAUCUCUGCACUUGGAGACAUAGACUCCCCAUUGGGUGAAGGACUUGCGCCUACAGCCAUGGUUUUGCGUCUUGCACUCGUCAACGCGAGCAGCACAAUUGACGAUAGCACCAUGGCACACGUAUCUGAUAUGGACUUUGGCGAGGCUCAGCAGGGAAGGGCAGCCAACGGUAGUGGAGAUACGCCCAAUCAGGAACGCAAAUCCUCUGCCCGAGUCGAGGGUGGCGAGAACGACCACGUCCUCGUUACGGAGAAAAUUCUGGGGCAGCGCCGCGGGGAGGAUUAG